AUGGGUCACUCACGACGUCCUGUGGGCGGGGAGAAGAAGAGCCGUUUCGGUCGCUCCAAGGCCGCCGCUGAUGUGGGCGACGGCCGACAAGCGGGGGGCAAGCCUCAAGUCCGGAAGGCCGUUUUCGAGACCACAAAGAAGAAGGAGAUUGGUGUUUCGGAUCUUACACUGCUGAGCAAGAUCUCUAACGAGGCGAUCAACGACAACCUGAAGCUACGAUUCCAACAUGACGAGAUCUACACUUAUAUCGGACAUGUGCUUGUUUCUGUCAACCCCUUCCGGGACUUGGGCAUCUACACCGACAGUGUCCUCGAAUCCUACCGAGGCAAGAACCGACUCGAAGUCCCUCCCCAUGUAUUCGCGGUCGCAGAAUCCUCGUACUAUAACAUGAAAUCCUACAAAGACAACCAGUGUGUGAUCAUUUCUGGUGAGUCGGGUGCCGGUAAGACCGAAGCGGCGAAGCGGAUCAUGCAAUACAUUGCUAGUGUAUCAGGGGGAACCGAUUCAUCUAUUCAGCAAACAAAGGACAUGGUUCUGGCGACCAAUCCUUUGCUGGAAUCGUUCGGUAAUGCGAAGACAUUGCGCAACAACAAUUCCUCACGGUUCGGAAAGUAUUUGGAGUUGGAGUUCAACGCCCAGGGUGAGCCCGUUGGCGCCAACAUCACAAACUACCUGCUGGAGAAGUCAAGAGUAGUGGGACAAAUCACCAAUGAGCGAAACUUCCACAUUUUCUACCAGUUCGCCAAGGGUGCGCCGCAGAAAUACAGAGAUUCGUUCGGCAUUCAACAGCCCCAGUCCUACCUAUACACGAGCCGAUCGAAAUGUUUCGAUGUCCCCCAUGUCGACGAUGUGGCAGAUUUCCGAGAUACCCUCAAUGCGAUGAGCGUCAUUGGAAUGUCGGAAGCGGAGCAAGACAACGUUUUCCGAAUGCUGUCUGUGAUUUUGUGGAUUGGAAACAUUCAGUUUGGGGAGGACGAUUCGGGAAAUGCUGCCAUUACAGACCAGUCAGUGGUAGAUUUUGUCGCAUACUUGCUGGAGGUUGACGCCGGUCAAGUCAAUCAGGCAUUGACCAUUCGCAUGAUGGAGACUAGUCGCGGUGGCCGCCGCGGCUCUGUCUACGAGGUUCCGUUAAACACCACCCAGGCUCUUGCUGUGCGGGAUGCUUUGGCCAAGGCAAUCUAUUUCAAUCUCUUCGACUGGAUUGUGCAGCGCGUCAAUCAGUCUUUGACAGCCCGUGGUUCGGUGACGAAUUCUAUUGGUAUUCUCGACAUUUACGGUUUCGAGAUUUUUGAGAAGAACUCGUUCGAGCAGCUCUGCAUCAAUUACGUCAACGAGAAGCUCCAGCAGAUUUUCAUCCAGUUGACGCUCAAGGCAGAACAGGACGAGUAUGAGCGCGAGCAGAUCACAUGGACGCCUAUCAAGUACUUUGAUAACAAGGUUGUGUGCUCGCUGAUUGAAGACAAGCGACCCCCCGGGGUCUUCGCUGCUCUGAAUGAUGCUUGUGCGACAGCGCACGCUGAUUCUGGAGCUGCCGAUAACACCUUCGUUGGGCGGCUGAACUUCCUUUCGCAGAACCCUAACUUCGAGAGCCGACAGGGCCAGUUCAUCGUCAAGCACUACGCCGGUGAUGUCAGCUAUGCUAUCCAGGGAAUGACCGACAAGAACAAGGACCAGCUCCUGAAGGAUCUGUUGAACCUAGUCCAGUCGAGUGGCAACCAGUUUGUCCACUCGCUCUUCCCGGAACAGGUUAACCAGGAUGACAAGCGACGACCGCCUACUGCCAGUGAUAAAAUCAAAGCCUCCGCCAACGAUCUGGUUGCAACAUUGAUGAAGGCCCAGCCAUCGUACAUCCGAACUAUCAAGCCAAACGACAACAAGGCCCCGAAAGAGUUCAACGAGGGCAAUGUUCUCCACCAGAUUAAAUACCUCGGUCUCCAAGAGAACGUUCGCAUCCGACGUGCAGGUUUUGCUUACCGUCAAACCUUCGACAAGUUCGUUGAGCGCUUCUACCUGCUAUCGCCGAAGACUUCUUACGCUGGUGAAUAUACGUGGUCGGGCGACAUCGAAACAGGAGCUCGCCAGAUUUUGAAGGACACGCGGAUCCCAGCCGAGGAGUACCAGAUGGGUAUCACGAAGGUUUUCAUCAAGACUCCUGAGACGCUCUUCGCGUUGGAGGCCAUGCGCGACCGUUACUGGCACAACAUGGCCAUUCGAAUCCAGCGGGCAUGGCGGAACUACCUGCGCUACCGCACGGAGUGUGCUAUUCGCAUCCAGCGCUUCUGGCGCCGUGCUACAGGCGGGCUUGAGCUUAUCAAACUACGUGACCAAGGCCACCAAAUCCUGAACGGUCGAAAGGAGCGCAGAAGAAUGAGUAUUCUUGGUUCUCGGCGAUUCCUCGGUGAUUAUGUUGGUGUCGGUAACAAGGGCGGUCCCGGAGAGAUGAUUCGCGGCGGUGCUGCCAUCAGUUCGUCCGAAGAUAUCCUCUUCUCCUGCCGUGGUGAGGUGCUAGUAUCCAAGUUCGGUCGCUCAAGCAAACCUUUGCCUCGAAUUUUCGUUUUGACAAACCGACAUGUAUACAUUGUAGCCCAGAACUUCAUGAACAAUCAACUCGUAAUUUCCUCGGAGAAAACCAUCCCUAUCGGAGCCAUCAAAGCCGUCAGUGCUUCCAACUACCGGGAUGACUGGUUCUCGUUCGUCAUCGGCGGACAAGAACCGGAUCCGCUCGUCAACUGCGUUUUCAAGACUGAGUUCUUCACUCAUCUUAACAACGCUCUCCGUGGGCAAUUGAAUUUGAAGAUCGGCCCACAAAUCGAAUACAACAAGAAGCCAGGAAAGUUGGCUACCGUUAAGGUCGUCAAAGAGCCAUCCGCAACCCAGGUUGACACCUACAAGAGUAGUACGAUCCACACCGGCUCAGGAGAACCGCCGAACUCUGUGUCCAAACCAACCCCCCGAGGGAAGCAAGUAGCUGCCCGACCUGUCACAACAGGCAAGCUUCUUCGACCAGGUGGCCCAGGCGGUGGGCCUUCGAAGCUUGCGUCGAGACCCGCGCCGGAGCGUCGAGCUGUACCACAGCCUACGCGCCAGCCAGCCGCAGCACAGCCGACACCAACCCCAAGGGCCGUCCCCCAGCCUGUUGCGUCUAUUGCAGCCUCGCAUUCACGCAAUUCAUCAAGCGCAUCCGCAAGGGCACCGCCACCCCCACCGCCACCACCGCCUGCCGCGGCGGCAGGACCAAAGAAGGCAAAGGUCUUGUACGACUUCAACAGCGAUAGUAGCGGCAUGUUAUCAAUCCGUGCGGGCGAACUCAUCCAGAUUAUGUCGAAAGAAGGGAAUGGCUGGUGGCUAUGCAUGAACCUCGAGACCUCAGCCCAAGGCUGGACCCCCGAAGCUUACCUAGAGGAGCAAGCUGCUCCCGCACCAAAACCCACACCUCCCCCUCCUCCUCCAGUCGCUCCCCGAGCAAGCCCAACACCGGUGAACGGAUCAGCCACCGUCGCCGCAGCAAAGGCCAAAGCGGCACCUCCAGCACCCCCGGCCAAACGACCCAACAUGGCAGGCCGCAAAGCAGCUCCAGCGCCCCCACCAGCGCCCCGAGAUAGCGCGGUCAGCAUGAACUCGCAGGGCGAUUCCUCUGGUGCAAGUGGCCGCGGCACGCCCAACAGUGUAUCCAACGCCAGCCUUGCAGGUGGUCUUGCUGAAGCCCUGAGGGCACGCCAGAGCGCCAUGCAGGGCAAACAUGAUGACGACGAUGACUGGUGA